GUAUUAUUUUUCCUGAAAAGGCCAAAACAAAGGAGACAAACAAUUCCAAACUUCAAAUUUUGCAACGACACCCUCCGUGCCACUGUGCUUCAACGCGACGGGGAAAGCUGAGAGAUCAAACCGGACACCAACCCAGCGAGGCUCUGUACAACAUCGAAUUGAGUACAAAGCUGAGGUGGAAAAUGAAGGGCCGCCGGGCUAAGGCAGCUAGAAUGGAGGAUAAUCUUAAUCUUCCGGUUCAAGAUCCACCUUGUGCAGAGUUUUCUGCCUCUCAGUUGAAGUGGGUGAAAAUAGUGGGUGGUCGCCAAGGUGGUGAUGAUGUUGCUGUUAUACCUUUUGCCAGGGUUGAAGACUUUGUCAAAGGAGAAUCUAGUAAAGCGGACUGCCCUGCUAGUUUUCGAAUUGAGUCAAGGAGGAGAAGACAUGAGGGGAGCACCAGUAAACCAAGGGUAGAUGGCUAUCUUGAAUACACCCUGUAUUGGUGUUCUUAUGGUCCUGAAGACUACCGAGACAAUGAGUCUGGUGUUGGUGACACUAUGAGCAUGAAGCCUGUAUCAGGGAAGGGGAGCAGGCCUGGAAGACGUCGCAUGAUGAGGGGUUGUGUUUGCCACUUCACGGUAAAGCGUCUAUACGUCCGACCCUUGAUUGCUCUUAUUAUUUAUAAUCAGCGAAAGCAUGUUGAUAAAACGAGUGCACCAUGUCAUGGGAUAGUUGAUCGCCAUGCUGUUGGCACAAGAGCUAUGUAUGCUCCCCGAAUUUCAGAAGAGCUACGCCAGAGAGUGAUGUCUAUGCUUUACGUUGCGAUACCUAUAGAUGACAUAAUGCAGCACCACAUGGAGCUGGUGCAGAGGCAUGGUGGGCCUCUCAACCGUGAUGAUCUUCUCAGUAUGAAUGAUGUUCGUAAUAUGGAAAGGCUUGUUCACAAUUCUUCACAUGAGUUGGAUGAAAAUGAUGAAUGCAGUGUAAAGAUAUGGGUGCAACGUAAUCAGAAGUAUGUCUUCUUCUAUCAAGAAUGCACUGAUACAGAACCUUUUAUAAUGGGUAUACAGACAAAUUGGCAGCUGAAACAGAUGCUGCAUCAUGGGCAGAAUGGCUCCAUUGCUAUGCAUUCAUCCUUCGGCAGGAACAAGCUAAAGUAUCCCUUAUGCACCUUACUUGCUUUCGACACCUCCCAUAAUGCCAUUCCAGUUGCCUGGAUCAUUUCCUCCUCCCUCAUCUGUCAAAGUAUUCAUAAAUGGAUUGGUCCCCUAGCAGAAAGGAUCUUCACAAAGGAUCCUAAAUGGCAAUUGAGUUCCUUUCUAGUGGAUGAUUGUUCCUUCAAGGUCUCUCUUAUAAGAGAGGCAUUUCGAUGCAGAGUACUAUUGUGCCUUUGGCGUGUUCGUCGUGCUUGGAUAAGAAAUCUUCUAAAGCGAAGCUGCCACUCUGAUGUACAAAGAGAGAUGUGUAGGUUCUUAGGCUCCAUCUUGUACCGCACGAGAAUAAAUGCAGUGGAAGAGUUCAUGCAAGUAUUUGUUGACCAAUGUGCCUUUAUGGAUUAUUUCAGAGAGCGGUGGUUACCCGGUAUAGAUGCUUUGAUUAAUGGUAUGAAGUCUUUGCCAACAGCUGGUCCUGAACCCCAGGCUGCAAUUGAGUCUUACCACCUGAGAUUGAAGUUUAAGCUUUUAGACAAUCAAUAUUGCAAUUUAUGGCCAAGAAUCGACCGGUUGAUCCACAUGUUGGCAACUGAAUAUCACUCUUUAUUCUGGUUGGAUCAUUAUUCUCUUGAUACUGGGUAUUUUGAGAAUGUUAGAGACCGGAGUUUUACAAGUAAUGCUUGGCAUCAGGCCCUCGACAUUCUGGAUGUUGACGUGACAUUGGAUGAGCAAAAUCUUCUGCUUGCAAAAGUUCUCUCUGAAGACAGAAGCUCAGUAUACACAGUGUGGAAUCCAGGUUCGGAGUUCUCCCUAUGCAAUUGCUCCUGGUCAGAGCACGGAAAUCUAUGUGAACACGUCAUCAAGGUGGCAAUCUUGUGUAGAACUCGUCAGGUUGCGGGAACAUCAUUAGCUUCCCAAGGUUAUAGGCAGGCCCUGCUGUCUCUGCUGCAGAAACCCCCUGAGAUUCCUAUUGUUCUUGAUCAUGCCAUUUUACGUGCAACCUGGUUGCAUCAGGAAAUUAAAAGCUUGGAAGAGUUGUCCAAUAGUGGGCUGUUGCAACCUCUUGCUGCUGAAGCGGACUCACAGCUGGCUGACUAUGUUCAGCUUUUUCCACCUCCUUAACUUUGUAGCAAGGGAAUAUCAGGUGUGCUGAUCAAAGCAUUUUCAUUCAGAUGGCAAGGCCUAUAUUCUGCUGUCUAGCAGACUCGAGAGAGAUAACAUGGCCAAAGCAUGGGAGAGAGCUUAGGCAUUAUCAUUAUUAUCGGAGUCACCGAUACUUGGCUUGGGCUGGUUGAUUGAUCCCCUUAGGACUGCAGAAGCACUGGGGGCUCAAUCCCUGUUCACUGAUCCGGCUCGUGGACGGUUGAGGAUAUUGGGUAUCCGUUUCCACGGUGCAACUUCAUCCACUUAAAUCUCUACGCACUCGGAUCGAUACAACAUUCGGGCACCACUUAAAGCCGGUAGCUAAAGGGUGUUGGACAGCGUCGGUUUGAUUGAGUCGAUCCGGGCAAGGCUGGUGGCUUCAGCUUCUGCUACAGCCCUGCCGGAUAGUUUUGAAUUUUGAUUGAUCCUGCACAACCAUCUGUGGUUGCUGGAAG